CCCACCCCCACCCAUGAGCGUUCAUCCGUCAGUUAUGCUAAUCCUUUCCGUUGCAGACCGCAGGAUUGCGUUUUGGUCAUCGGUUUUCUCGGAAGAAAAUCGCUUCCAGACUAACAGUCGAUCGUCGAAUCAGGCAUUCUGCCAGGAGGUUGAUUAUUAAAAUUUUGCGUUUGUCGGGCGGACACAAAUGGCAUAGGCAUGGUUCGAUGGAUCACUUGACAGUUUAAGAAGUAUUCACCUACAACAAGACAUGUUGUCGCAUCAAAAUUCCGCGCACAACACAUAAGAAAUCUUAAAGAUGUCCGAAAUUCGCGUUUCUGAUUCUAAAACAAAUCUAAAUCAAAAUUGCUUAAAUAGACCGAAAGUAAGCUUAGAUAGGUACCACAAAAAAAUGGCUGUCGCGGCAAAACGUGCUCUCCGCAAACAAGUACAAGAGGUCCUAAAAAAAUUAACACCGGAGGAAAGAACCACACAAUCCGCUGAAAUAUUUUCGAAACUGGUGGAACUUCCCGAGUAUAAAAAUAGCAGACGAGUCUCAGUUUUUCUGAGUCGCGAAGAUGAAGUUUCGACGGACGCGAUAGUGAUUGAUCUGCUGAAAUCCAAUAAAUCCUGCUAUAUCCCGAAACAGCUGACUGGAGAUGACAUGGAAAUGGUGAAGAUUGAAUCAGUAGAGGAAUUAAAGACACUGCCUAAAAACUCAUUUGGUAUUCGUGAAGUGCCCGCCUCAGAGAAGAGAGAGGACGCUUUGGCCUCAGGAGGUCUUGACCUGAUGAUUCUGCCUGGUCUAGCUUUCACAGCAACGGGCAAAAGGUUAGGCAAAGGCAAAGGAUACUACGACCGAUAUAUCUUGAAAGCGCGGAAAGUUCGCCCGCCAGUUCUUGUUGGAAUUGCUUUUAGGCAACAAAUUGUCCCUGAUAUUCCAGUCACCGAAAAUGAUAUUGAUGCAGAUAUUGUCAUCAGUCCAUGAUAACUGUUCAUCAAUUAUUCCUCAGCCUAUACAUAAAAACAUCUCAAAAGAAGUGGCAAAGGAGUCAAAUAGGAGCCAUGUGUUUGUAACUAGCGAGAGGAAUGAAGUUAUAUUAUUUAAAAUUACUUAAAAUUGCUGUCGAUGUUAUUUAUAAGUUUGCCAUUCCAAUUUCAACAUUCCGCAUUGAUUCAAGUAUUUUAAAAGAUCGUUCUAGUUUGAAAAUUUGUGAAAUAAUGCAAUUGUCGAUGUGCCUUUAAAAUGUUUAAGUGUGUUCAAAAAUAUAGAAGAUAAUUCAUAAAAGAGA